CGAGGUGAAUGCUUUCAUGUGAUUGAGCACUUGGUCAUAGCUCCGUGAGAGCACCGCGGCCAAGAGCUCAACUUCAAGCAAGGGAAGUCGCAAGGCAUCUGCUUUCAAUACCGCGGCGAUAUCAUACACACAUCUUGUAACAUACAACCCACAGAUCUCUACAUUCCUCAUGUUCCACGACGGCGACCUCCAGAGCGGCAUUUCUCGCGCCAUCGCCGAGCAGAAGCUCGUAGGCUUGUUCAUCCGGCAGAAUGACAACGAGGAGAGUCAGCGAUGGGAAGAGCAAUGGCUAGGCCGGAGACAGGAUCUAGCUGUGGUCGACCUGUUCGCUACGAAGGCUGUCCUCAUGAAGAUCGAAUAUCACAGUCAAGAGAUGGGAUUUCUCGGUGCAUUCUGUCCCAUCACAAAAGCGCCGACAUUCGUGGUGAUUGAUAAGGGUCAAGUGCUUGAGAAAAUUGAGGGCGGCGUCAGCCAGCAGGAGUUUGUCGAGCGCAUAAGCAAGGCGCUAAGUCUGGAGAUGUAUACCAUGCGAAAGAGCCAUCUCGAUUUCAUGCGAUCCAAUGCUCGCACGCCUGAGAAUGCUGGCAGCUCGAGUACAGCAGCCGGAGCAGCGCCGACAGAUAGUACAGCACAGACAGAAACACCCUCAGAGUCUGGAAUUGCAACCCCAGCGAGUCAAGACUUGCCUGAAUCAUCCAUAGUGACAUCACCACAAGACCAAGCUACCUCACAUCAUGAAUCAACUCCCGCAAGCAAGGCUACCGAAAUCUCACAAAAGGAGAAAGCGCGUCGAGACUGGCUAGUCCAGCAAAAACAGCGAAAAGAUGAAGCAAAGCAAGAGCGAGAACGAAUUCUAGCACAAAUUGAAGCAGACAAACAAGAACGCAAAUCCCGCUUCCAACGACCACAAACCGAAGCAGCUUCCUCCCCACUACUCAGCCCUUCAGUCGACGCAGCAUCUAAGAGAAGAAACGGCGCAGGCGGAAUGUGUAGUCUCCUCAUUCGCCUCUUCGACGGCUCUUCAAUCAAAGGCCGUUUCGAGCCCUCCGCAACAAUCGCAGGAACGGUGCGAGAUUGGAUCAAAACCACUACCGCAGAACAAGGCAAUACCAAAGCAGCAGAUAUACCUUUUACAUUCAAACAAAUCAUGGCACCACAACCUAGUCGGAAUAUUGAGAUUAGUGAAGAGCAUCAGAGCCUUGCGGAGCUUGGACUCACGCCGAAUGCCACCCUUGUCUUAGCUCCCGUGGCAGGGUAUACGGAAGCUUAUUCUUCUGGAGGGAGAGGGUAUAUGUCUUCUGCUUUACAUUACACUUAUGCUCUAGCGAGUGGUGCUACGAGCAUGCUUGGGUCUGCGCUUUCAUAUGUGCCGGGUUUUGGCGCUGCAGCGACUGAAACUUCUACGAGUUCGAGGGAGACGUCCUCAGAUGAGAGCGUAGGGUUUGGCGGUGAUGGCACUUUGGACCGCACGACCAUCAAAGUCAAGACCUUGGCAGAUCAGAGAGCUGAAGCGGCGAGAAAGGAUCAAAGUGCCGAGUUCUACAACGGAAAUAGUUCUGCCUUUGAAGGGCGCAAAGAUGACGACGAAGGGAAGAAGUGAAAGAUCAUGCCUUCAUCGGAUGACGAAACAGGACUCAUUGGAUCAAUCCUACAAUAUCCCUAAACCAUCCUUC